AUGAAUUCACAUCCAUCUUUCAAAGAUCGUUAUCAUAUUGGAAAAAGUAUGAAAAAUUUUCUUAUGGGCUAUUUCACUGAAUAUGAAACACCAAAAUUAGUUUCAAUACAUAGUGCAAAAUAUGCUGGUUUACUUCGUAUUAUACAAAUCAUUAUUCUUAUUUAUUCUACAAUAUAUUUACUUAUAUAUGAAAAAGGUUAUCAAAAACAAAGUACAACAAUUACGUCAUCAGUAACACUUAAAGUAAAAGGUAUUGGUUAUGUUCUUACAUCAGAAAAUCAAACAAUGAUUAUUGAUGGAGCAGGUUAUUUCACUGAAUAUGAAACACCAAAAUUAGUUUUAAUACAUAGUGCAACAUAUGCUGGUUUACUUCGUGUUAUACAGAUCAUUAUUCUAAUGUAUUCUAUAUUAUAUUUACUUAUAUAUGAAAAAGGUUACCAAAAACAAAGCACAGCAAUUACGUCAUCAGUAACACUUAAAGUAAAAGGUAUCGGUUAUGUUCAUCUAUCAGAAAAUAAAACAUUGAUUAUUGAUGGAGCAGAUUAUAUUAUUCCACCAUCGGAAAAUAAUGCUAUAUUUAUAAAGACAAAUUUUGUUCAAACUGAUCAGACACAAUCUAAAUGUGCUGAAAAUAUCAAACUUGAAGAAGCAAUAUGUAAAAGUGAUAGUGACUGUUUCAAUAAAUCAUCUAUACCAAGCAUGAAUGGACGCUGGACAGGUCGAUGCUUAUUAUCAUCAAAAACAAAUGUUGUCACGGGAACAACAAAUGCUAUAAAAAGGCCAACUGGAUUAUGUGAAUAUGCAGGCUGGUGUCCACCAGAAGAUGAUCUUACAUCGACAAUGCUUGUUCAAGAUGUUCGUAAUUUUACAAUAUUUAUUAAGAAUUUUAUUGAAUUUCCAGCAUUCAAUGUUAAACAUCAAAAUAUGGUUGAUAAUUUAAAAAAACCAUGCAUUUUUCAUCCAAAACAUUAUAAAGAUUGUCCAAUAUUUAGCAUGGAUUUUAUCAUGAAUGAAGUUGAAAAAAAUAUUAGUGAACGUAAUUUAAUGUUACUUCAUGGUGGUGUUAUUCGUAUUAAAAUUGAUUGGAAUUGUAAUUUAGAUCGAAAUAUAAAAUUAUGUAAACCUCAAUAUUCAUUUGCUCGUCUUGAUGUACCUUUUUAUGAAAAACCAUUUUCACGUGGUUUUAAUUUUCGUUAUGCUUCUCAUUGGAAACAUAAUCAGAGACAUGUUCGUAUAUUAACAAAAGCGUAUGGUCUUCGUUUAAUAAUUGCUGUUAGUGGUAAAGCUGGAAAAUUUCAUUUUAUUACGUUGACUUUCAAUAUCGGUUCUUUAAUUGGGCUGUUUGGUUUAGCAACAUUUGUUUGUGAUGUUAUUCUACUUAAUUUAUCAAAACGAGCAUCUCUUUAUCGGAAUUAUGUGUUUGAAAUAGUUCAUUUACGAACACGUAUUAAUAGUACAUUAAACGUGUCAAAGAAAUAUGUUCCAAGAAAUGAUGAUCAAUAUUCAAAUUCCAAUUCAAGUUCAGAAGCAGAGUUACCAUAUCAAACACCUACAAAUACUCCAACAUCUCCGGUAAAAACAGUUACCAUCGGUGAAGUCACUGUUAUUAAUUUGGAUGAAUAA